CUUGGAAAAAAAAAGUGUGAAGAAAUAGGGUCUUAAAAUGCUGUGUACAAUGGUGUUGAUGCCCCGGAAGAAGAAAGUUGGAUCGGUUCCGGUUUACUUGAACGUAUACGACUUGACUCCGAUUAAUGGUUAUGCUUAUUGGCUUGGCCUUGGGAUCUAUCAUUCUGGGGUUCAAGUUCAUGGAGUUGAAUAUGGUUUUGGAGCGCAUGAGCAUUCAGCUACUGGAAUUUUCGAAGUGGAACCAAGGCAGUGUCCCGGUUUCACAUUUAGGAAAUCUAUUUUAAUUGGAAGGACGGAUUUAGGUCCGAAAGACGUCCGUUCGUUUAUGGAGAAACUUGCUAGAGAGUACUCCGGGAACACUUACCAUCUCAUCACUAAGAACUGCAAUCACUUUUGCAAUGAUGUGUGUAUCAAAUUGACAGGGAAACCGAUUCCGCGCUGGGUUAAUCGACUUGCUAGACUCGGUUUCCUUUGCAACUGUGUUCUCCCAGCAGAGUUGAACGAGACGAAGAUUCGCCAAGUUAAAUCGGAGGGUAAGGUUCAACAGGGAGAGAAGAAGUUGAGAAGCCAAUCGAGUAGGAUACCUCCUUCAUCGACAGCUUGUCCUUUGGGCCCUCCAGUAAGUAAUAGACAGAGGCGAUGUCUUCCAUCAUCGUCAUUGAUUCAUACCUCUAUGACCUCGAACUUAAGUUUGAAGCACUAAAGCAUGGAAACCACCGCUUCGGAAAUUCGCAGUGUUUGAAUCUUCUGUAAAAUGCUUUUUGAUUUGAAUGGAAAAGAUGUAUGCUUUUCUUUC